ACUUCCGGUUCCAGCCUCCAAACCGGCUUCCGUCGCUCCCGACUUCCCUUUCCUCAGCUCUCUUCCCCCGGCCCUACCUCCUCCUUUAACACAGUCACGUGAGGGGCGCGCGCGGGGGCUGCCGGGAGUAGUACUGCCGGUCGGUCAGAGUUCGGCCUCAACAUGGCGGUUCCGGUCAGGCAGUGACCAAGGAUUUGCCGUCCGAAGGGCUAAGUGGCGAGUGUCGCCGUCUCCACCUAUCAGGGUGGAAUGCGAGGACGCGGGGGCGAGCGCUGAGGAGCGGCGGUGACAGGGAGGGGGUCUGUGCUGUGUGCCCUGGGAGCUGAGGCGGCGGCGUCUGUUCCUUCUACUCGUCUCUAGGCUCCAGUGCGGGGCCCCGCCCGGCCGGUCUAGGCCGGCGGGCGGCGGCGGUAGCUGCUGCAGCCGCACGGUCAACUCUGAGAGUGGGUCGGAGGGCGGGCACCGCCGCUGCCUCUGCCGCGGCGAUGGCCCAGUGUGUACAAUCAGUGCAGGAGCUAAUCCCAGACUCCUUCGUCCCCUGUGUCGCCGCGCUGUGCAGCGACGAAGCCGAGCGGCUCACUCGUCUCAAUCACCUCAGCUUCGCGGAGCUGCUUAAGCCCUUCUCUCGUCUCACUUCCGAGGUUCAUAUGAGAGAUCCUAAUAAUCAACUUCACGUAAUUAAAAAUUUGAAGAUAGCAGUAAGCAACAUUAUCACCCAGCCACCUCAGCCUGGAGCCAUUCGGAAGCUGUUGAAUGAUGUUGUUUCUGGCAGUCAGCCUGCAGAAGGAUUAGUAGCUAAUGUGAUUACGGCAGGAGAUUAUGACCUUAACAUCAGUGCUACUACUCCAUGGUUUGAGUCUUAUAGAGAGACCUUUCUUCAGUCGAUGCCAGCAUCAGAUCAUGAAUUUCUGAACCACUAUUUAGCCUGUAUGUUGGUAGCAUCGUCUAGUGAAGCUGAACCUGUGGAACAGUUUUCAAAGUUGUCACAAGAGCAGCAUCGAAUUCAGCACAACAAUGAUUAUUCCUACCCUAAGUGGUUUAUACCAAAUACUCUUAAGUAUUAUGUACUUUUACAUGACGUAAGUGCAGGAGAUGAACAGAGAGCUGAAUCAAUUUAUGAAGAAAUGAAACAGAAAUAUGGAACUCAGGGUUGCUAUUUACUUAAAAUUAAUUCUCGAGCGUCUAAUCGAGCAUCAGAUGAACAGAUACCUGAUCCUUGGAGUCAGUAUCUCCAGAAAAAUAGUAUUCAAAACCAGGACUCAUAUGAAGAUGGCCCUUGUGCUAUAACUUCAAAUAAGAAUUCUGAUAGUAACUUGCUUUCAUUGGAUGGAUUAGAUAACGAAGUCAAAGGAGAUGGCUUACCAAAUAACUUUAGAGCUCACCCACUUCAAUUGGACCAAUCAAGUGAUCCUUCCAACAGCAUUGAUGGCCCAGAUCAUGUAAAAUGUGCUUCAUCAUUACACGAAACAAAGAAAGGAAAUACUGGAGUAAUUCAUGGUGCAUGUUUAACACUUACUGAUCAUGAUAGAAUUCGACAGUUUAUACAGGAGUUCACAUUUCGGGGCCUUUUGCCACAUAUAGAGAAAACGAUUCGACAAUUAAAUGAUCAGCUAAUAUCAAGAAAAGGUUUGAGUCGAUCUCUGUUUUCUGCAACUAAAAAAUGGUUUAGUGGCAGUAAAGUUCCAGAAAAGAGCAUUAAUGAGCUGAAAAAUACAUCUGGGUUGCUGUAUCCACCAGAAGCACCAGAGCUUCAAAUCAGGAAAAUGGCUGACUUAUGUUUUUUGGUGCAACAUUAUGAUUUGGCUUACAGUUGCUAUCAUACUGCAAAGAAAGAUUUUCUUAAUGAUCAAGCAAUGCUUUAUGCAGCUGGUGCCUUGGAAAUGGCAGCAGUAUCAGCUUUUCUUCAACCAGGAGCACCUAGGCCAUACCCUGCUCAUUACAUGGAUACGGCAAUUCAGACAUACAGGGAUAUCUGCAAGAAUAUGGUGUUGGCUGAAAGAUGUGUAUUGCUUAGUGCUGAAAUUUUAAAAAGCCAAAGCAAAUAUUCAGAGGCGGCAGCUCUUCUAAUACGGUUGACCAGUGAGCAGAACACAUGGAAGGGCAUGGAUUCUGAUCUUCGAAGUGCACUUCUUUUGGAACAGGCAGCACAUUGCUUUAUAAACAUGAAGAGUCCUAUGGUUAGAAAAUAUGCAUUUCAUAUGAUACUGGCAGGCCAUCGGUUUAGUAAAGCAGGUCAGAAAAAGCAUGCGUUACGUUGCUAUUGUCAAGCCAUGCAGGUUUACAAAGGAAAAGGCUGGUCUCUUGCAGAAGAUCACAUUAACUUCACUAUUGGGCGCCAGUCCUAUACUCUCAGGCAACUGGACAACGCUGUUUCUGCUUUUAGGCAUAUUUUAAUCAAUGAAAGUAAACAAUCUGCUGCUCAACAAGGGGCCUUCCUCAGAGAAUAUCUUUAUGUUUACAAGAAUGUAAGUCAGCUCUCACCAGAUGGUCCUUUACCACAGCUUCCUUUACCAUAUAUUAACAGUUCAGCAACACGGGUUUUCUUUGGCCAUGACAGACGACCAGCAGAUGGUGAAAAGCAAGCAGCUACUCAUGUUAGUCUUGAUCAAGAAUAUGAUUCUGAAUCCUCUCAACAGUGGCGAGAACUUGAGGAACAAGUUGUGGCUGUGGUUAACAAAGGAAUAAUUCCAUCUAAUUUUCAUCCCACACAAUACUGUUUGAACAGUUACUCAGAUAACUCAAGAUUUCCACUUGCAGUUGUAGAAGAACCAAUUACAGUGGAAGUGGCUUUUAGAAACCCUCUGAAAGUUCCACUUUUGUUGACUGAUUUGUCAUUGCUUUGGAAGUUUCAACCUAAAGAUUUCAGUGGAAAGGAUAAUGAAGAAGUUAAAGAACUAGUUACAGGUGAACCUGAAAUGAUUGGAACUGAAGUUAUUUCAGAAUUCUUAAUUAAUAGUGAAGAAUCAAAAGUGGCAAGACUAAAGCUCUUUCCCCAUCACAUAGGGGAGCUGCAUAUUCUGGGAGUUGUUUAUAAUCUUGGCACUAUUCAGGGCUCCAUGACAGUAGAUGGCAUUGGUGCUCUUCCUGGAUGUCACACAGGAAAAUAUUCCUUGAGUAUGUCAGUCCGAGGGAAACAGGAUUUAGAAAUUCAAGGUCCUCGACUAAACAACACAAAAGAAGAGAAAACAUCUAUUAAAUAUGGUCCUGAUCGACGUUUAGAUCCCAUAAUCACUGAAGAAAUGCCACUGUUGGAGGUGUUCUUUAUACAUUUUCCUACAGGGCUCCUCUGUGGAGAAAUCCGAAAAGCAUAUGUAGAAUUUGUCAAUGUCAGCAAAUGUCCUCUUACUGGAUUGAAGGUUGUUUCUAAACGUCCAGAGUUCUUUACUUUUGGUGGUAAUACUGCUGUUCUAACACCACUAAGUCCCUCAGCUUCUGAGAACUGUAGUGCUUACAAGACUGUUGUGACAGAUUCUACCUCUGUGUGUACAGCACUCAUAUCAUCAGCUUCUUCUGUAGACUUUGGCAUUGGCAUAGGAAGUCAACCAGAGGUGAUUCCUGUUCCCCUUCCUGACACUGUUCUUCUCCCUGGAGCUUCAGUGCAGCUACCAAUGUGGUUACGUGGGCCAGACGAAGAAGGUGUCCAUGAAAUUAACUUUUUGUUUUACUAUGAAAGUGUCAAAAAGCAGCCUAAAAUACGUCACAGAAUAUUAAGACAUACUGCAGUUAUUUGUACCAGCCGGUCUUUGAAUGUACGAGCCACUGUUUGCAGAAGUAAUUCUCUUGAAGAUGAAGAAGGCAGAGGAGGCAAUAUGCUAGUCUUUGUGGAUGUGGAAAAUACCAAUACUAGUGAAGCAGGUGUUAAGGAAUUCCAUAUAGUACAAGUAUCAAGUAGUAGCAAACACUGGAAGUUACAGAAAUCUGUAAAUCUCUCUGAAAACAAAGAUGCCAAACUUGCUAGUAGGGAGAAGGGAAAGUUUUGCUUCAAAGCAAUAAGAUGUAAAGAAAAAGAAGCUGCUACACAGUCCUCAGAAAAAUAUACCUUUGCAGAUAUCAUCUUUGGAAACGAACAGAUAGUAAGUUCAGCAAGCCCAUGUGCAGACUUCUUUUAUCGAAGUUUAUCUUCUGAGUUGAAAAAACCACAAGCUCAGUUGUCUACACAUGCAGAAAAACAGUCAAUAGAAGAUGCUGUGAGAUUGAUUCAAAAGUGCAGUGAGGUAGAUUUGAAUGUCAUCAUAUUAUGGAAGGCAUAUGUUGUAGAAGACAGUAAACAGCUUAUUUUGGAAGGUCAGCAGCAUGUUAUUCUUCGCACUAUAGGAAAAGAAGCCUUUUCAUAUCCUCAGAAACAGGAGCCACCAGAAAUGGAACUAUUAAAAUUUUUCAGGCCAGAAAACACUACAGUUUCCUCAAGACCAUCAGUAGAGCAGCUUUCUAAUCUCAUUAAAACGAGUCUUCACUACCCAGAAUCAUUUAAUCAUCCAUUUCAUCAAAAAAGCCUUUGUUUAGUACCAGUCACCCUUUUACUUUCCAAUUGUUCUAAGGCUGACGUAGAUGUAAUAGUUGAUCUUCGGCAUAAAACAACAAGUCCAGAAGCAUUGGAAAUCCAUGGAUCAUUCACAUGGCUUGGACAAACACAAUAUAAACUUCAGCUGAAAAGCCAGGAGAUUCAGAGUUUGCAAUUGAAAGCAUGCUUUGUUCAUACAGGUGUUUAUAACCUUGGAACUCCUAGGGUAUUUGCCAAGUUAUCAGACCAAGUUACAGUGUUUGAAACAAGUCAGCAGAACUCCAUGCCUGCCCUGAUCAUCAUCAAUAACGUCUGACAACUUGCAAGUUGUACUGAAAUCAUAAGAAUCGGUUUAAUUUUGCUGAAUGGGUUUUACAGCAGUAUUUGAAAUACCUAACUUGUUAAUGGAGGUUGGUAUCUGAUCACUGCAAAAUACUUUGACUUGUUGUUUUGUUGAUGAUGCAAAGCACGUUGGACUGGGAAUACUUACAUUUUUUUUUUAUUUCUUUAAAACCUGGUAAUAAUUUACAUGCUCAUAAUACAGAAUUUCAACAUACCCAUGCACCUUAUUAAGCCCUAUCUUAAAAAACAAUGUCUAAGUCUGCUGUUACAAUUUGUCAAUGAUGAAUAUUAGGAGAUGAUUUUGAGGAAGGAAAGGCCUUUUUGGCGAUACUCCUGUUAAGCCAUUAGUCUAUAAAUUCCAGCUUUACUGUGAAGUUCUAUAGAGUGUUAAAUACAAAUUCUCCUGUCCUGUUUCACACAGUUCUCUAAAAUCAGUUUUGAACUUUGGUUAUAGAGGCUUCAUAUUUCAGUAUCUGGUGGCCCCUAUGGCUUAUACAUAACUUUGUAAAAAGAAAAAAAUUUUUCUGAUGCUUUGAAUAUAGUUUUGAAAGGAGUUUGACUUUUUUUUCCUCAUUCAUCUCAGUAUAGAGUGCACUAUUUCACAAUAAGAUUUUUGUCAUUAAAAUUAUCAUAUUCUUUAUUAUGUAACUUUAACAAUUGAGUUGACCUGUUUAAAAUAUAAAUCUCAAGUUAAUUAAAAAUAAGCUUUUAAAAAAUGUAUUAUAUUUAUAACAAAUGUACUGUAAAUAGAAUAAAGACAUGCUAUUCACUGUA